CAUCCUUGAGUUCUGGUCGAGUUUUGUUGACAAUUUGCUGUGGCAUGCAUUGUAUCAAUUUAUUCGAAAGAUUUGCUGUAUUAUUUUAUGAAAAUUAAUUUAAUUAAAACGUUUUCAACCAACUGAGCACAAUAUACUAAACCAACAGACAUGUCUAUUGAAAUUGAAUCGGCUGACGUGAUUCGAUUAAUACAGCAGUAUUUAAAAGAAUCCAAUUUGUAUAAAACACUACAAACUCUGCAAGAAGAGACUAGCGUCUCACUAAAUACGGUGGAUAGUGUCGAUGGCUUUGUGCAAGAUAUCGUAAAUGGCCACUGGGACACGGUGCUGAAAGUGACACAGUCACUAAAAUUACCUGACAAAAAACUGCUCAAUCUAUACGAACAAAUUGUGCUGGAAUUAAUAGAACUGCGAGAGUUGGGUGCAGCACGCUCGUUGCUACGACAAACUGAUCCUAUGAUCAUGUUGAAACAACAUGAACCAGAGCGUUACAUACACUUGGAAAAUAUGUUGCAGCGUGCAUAUUUCGAUCCGAGAGAAGCUUAUCCCGAGGGAAGCAGCAAGGAAAAACGACGAGCUGUAAUAGCGCAAGAGCUCAGCGGUGAAGUACAUGUAGUACCAUCCUCACGUCUAUUAGCGUUGCUGGGCCAGGCUUUAAAAUGGCAACAACAUCAAGGACUGCUCCCACCGGGCACAACAAUCGAUUUGUUCCGCGGUAAAGCGGCAAUGAAAGAUCAGGAAGAGGAAAUGUUUCCCACACAAAUGUUUCGUCAAAUUAAAUUCGGACAAAAAUCUCACGUUGAAUGCGCGCAAUUUUCACCUGAUGGUCAAUAUCUCAUUACUGGCAGCGUUGAUGGCUUCCUGGAGGUUUGGAAUUUCACGACUGGUAAAAUACGUAAGGAUCUCAAAUACCAAGCACAGGAUCAGUUCAUGAUGAUGGAACAAGCGGUAUUGGCAUUGUCAUUUUCAAGAGAUUCUGAAAUGGUUGCAUCCGGUGCACAAGAUGGACAAAUUAAAGUGUGGCGUAUCAUAACAGGACAAUGUCUGCGGAAAUUUGAGAAAGCACACACGAAGGGCAUAACUUGUUUACAAUUCUCGCGUGAUAACAGUCAAGUGUUGAGUGCUUCCUUUGAUUAUAGCAUACGUUUGCACGGCUUAAAAUCUGGUAAAAUGCUUAAGGAAUUCAAAGGCCACACGUCAUUUGUAAAUGAGGCUACCUUCACGCCAGAUGGACACAAUAUACUCAGCGCUUCUUCAGAUGGUACAGUGAAGAUUUGGUCAUUGAAAACCACCGAAUGUGUGUCUACCUAUAAACCAUUAGGAAACGAAUUGGCUGUAAACACUGUGCUCAUAUUACCCAAGAAUCCCGAACAUUUUAUCGUUUGUAAUCGUUCAAAUACUGUAGUUAUUAUGAAUAUGCAGGGACAAAUUGUGCGUUCAUUCUCAUCGGGUAAGCGUGAAGGUGGUGCCUUCAUAUCAGCGACUAUUUCACCGCGUGGCGAAUUCAUUUAUUGCGCUGGCGAAGAUCAAGUGUUGUACUGUUUCUCAGUUACAUCUGGCAAGUUGGAACGUACACUGAAUGUGCACGAAAAAGACGUCAUUGGUCUAGCGCAUCAUCCACACCAAAAUUUGUUAGCCACUUACAGUGAGGAUGGCCUACUUAAAUUAUGGAAGCCAUAAACAUAUGUAGCUGUAGUCGUAGUUCUAAGAUAUUCAUAUAUAAUUGCUAUGAAAUGAAUAAACCAGUCAUCAAAUAAAAUAAAAUUA